AACUCCGACAUGGCUGCGCCCGGGCACUCCAGGUGCACGUGAGAAAGACCGGGCUACCGGCGUCUCUGAGUACCACGUGUGAGCUGCUUUCUCUUCCCUCCUGCCCGCCGAGCACUUCCAGCUUUCCUGAGGCCCUCGGGGGGCCGCUGCCCGUUGGCAACCAUGAAACCAAAGCCGGUUUCCCACAAGACCGAGAACACCUACCGGUUUCUUACCUUUGCUGAACGAUUGGGGAAUGUGAACAUUGAUAUCAUUCACCGUAUUGAUAGAACCGCAAGCUAUGAUGAGGAGGUUGAAACCUACUUCUUUGAGGCUUUGGUGAAAUGGAGAGAAUUGAACCUUACGGAGCACUUUGGGAAAUUUUACAAAGAAGUCAUUGACAAAUGCCAGUCAUUCAAUCAGUUGGUAUAUCAUCAAAAUGAAAUAGUUCAGAGUUUGAAGACUCACCUGCAAAUUAAGAACAGUUUUGCCUACCAACCCCUUUUGGAUUUAGUUGUACAAUUAGCACGAGAUCUGCAGACUGAUUUCUAUCCCCACUUUGAAGAUUUCUUCCUGACCAUCACCUCCAUCCUGGAGACUCAAGACACAGAGCUGUUGGAAUGGGCUUUCACCUCGCUGUCAUACCUUUACAAGUACCUGUGGAGACUGAUGGUGAAGGACAUGUCCAAGAUAUACAGUAUGUACAGUACCCUCUUGGCUCAUAAAAAACUACAUAUAAGAAAUUUUGCUGCUGAAAGCUUUACUUUUUUGAUGAGAAAGGUCUCCGAUAAAAAUACACUUUUCAAUUUAAUGUUUCUUGAUCUUAAUGAACAUCCAGAAAAAGUAGAAGGAGUUGGACAGUUGCUCUUUGAAAUGUGCAAAGGAGUUAGAAAUAUGUUUCAUUCCUGUACAGGCCAGGCAAUGAAGCUAAUUUUGCAAAAGCUAGGACCAGUUACUGAAACAGAAACUCAACUACCAUGGAUUUUAGUUGGAGAAACACUUAAAAACAUGGCCAAAUCCACCGUAGUCUACAUCUACAAAGAACAUUUUGGUAUAUUUUUUGAGUGUUUGCAAGAAUCACUCCUGGAUCUGCAUAACAAAGUGACAGAAUCAAACUGCUAUGAGAGUUCUGAACAGAUUAGGCAGUUGCUAGAAACAUAUCUGAUACUUGUGAAACAUGGAAAUGGAGCAAAGGUAACCAAGGCUGCUGAUGUUUGUAAGGUUUUGUCUGAAGCUUUACAAACAGCCCAUCUCUCCACAUCUUGUCGGGGGACCCUCUUGGAUGUCAUUUCUUCUUUGAUCCUAGCUGAAAAUGUUUCCUUGCCAGAGACCCUCAUCAAAGAAACUAUAGAAAAAGUUUUUGAGAGCCAUUUUGAGAGACGUUUAAUUUUUGAUUUUUCUGAAGUCAUGUUUUCUAUGAAGCAGUUUGAGCAGCUGUUUCUACCGAGCUUUCUCUUGUACAUUGAGAAUUGCUUCUCGAUUGGUGACUCUGUGGUCAACGAAGAAGCACUGGCCACUUUAGCCAAGCUCAUCCUGAACAAAGCAGCUCCUCCCACUGCUGGCUCCAUGGCGAUUGAAAAGUACCCUCUGGUGUUCUCUCAGCAGACAGUGGGGUCCUACUUAAAGCAGAGGAAGACCAACUCCAAGAGAAGAAAGGAUGCGUUUCCAGUGUUGGACCAUCUGUUGUCUAUAAUUCAGUUACCCCCCAAUAGAGAUUCUACUUACCUUUCACAUUCCUGGGCAGCCCUUGUGGUAUUACCUCAUAUCAGACCUCUUGAGAAAGAAAAGGUGGUACCACUAGUGACCUGCUUCAUAGAGUCGCUCCUCAUGACUGUUGACAAAGGGAGCUUUGGAAAAGGAAACUUAUUUGUCCUCUGUCAAGCUGUAAAUACUCUACUAAGUUUGGAAGAGUCUUCUGAACUCCUUCAUUUGGUUCCUGUGGAACGUAUCAAGAAUUUAGUAUUAACAUUUCCGUCUGAGCCGUCUGUGUUGCUGUUGGCUGAUCUCUAUUAUCAGAGGCUAGCCUUAUGUGGCUGCAAAGGACCACUCUCUGAGGAAGCUUUACUGGAAUUAUUUCCCAAGUUACAGCCAAACAUUUCCACUGGCGUCUCUAAGAUUCGGCUUUUGACAAUAAGGAUUCUAAACCAUUUUGACAUUGGGCUUCCAGUUUUGAUGGAGGGUGACGGGCUCUUGGAGAGGCAGUCAGCCUUUGCUAUAUUACGCCAGGCAGAACUUGUCCCAGCAACUGUGAGCGAUUACAGAGAAAAGCUUCUUCACUUGAGAAGGCUGAGGCACGACGUGGUGCAGGAUGCAGUCCCUCAAGGACCAUUGCAGGAGGUGCCGCUUCGUUAUUUGUUAGGCAUGCUGUACAUCAACUUUAGUGCCCUCUGGGAUCCUGUUAUUGAACUCAUAAGUUCUCAUGCCCAUGAAAUGGAAAAUAAGCAAUUUUGGAAAGUCUACUAUGAGCAUCUAGAAAAGGCAGCUACACAUGCUGAGAAAGAACUGCAGAAGGACAUAAGAGAUGAAGGGCAGUCCAUUGGCGAUGAAAGUUGGGACCAAACCCAGGAAGGAGACAUUGGGGCUCUUUACCAGAAGCAGUUAGCAUUGAAAACUGAUUGUCGUGAAAGACUGGACCAUACCAACUUUCGAUUCUUGCUUUGGCGAGCUCUGGCCAAAUUUCCAGAAAGAAUAGAACCAAGGUCCAGGGAACUCUCCCCACUUUUCUUGAGAUUUAUCAACAAUGAGUAUUACCCAGCAGAUCUACAGGUGGCUCCAACCCAGGAUCUAUGCAAAAAAGGCAGAGGAGCGGUGGCAGAGGACGUGGACGAAGAGCCUGCUGCUGGACAAGGUGAAGAGGUAGAGGAAGAAGCAGCGCCCCAGGAUGAAGUACCCCAGAAGAAAAAGACAAGAAGAGCUGCAGCAAAGCAGUUAAUUGUUCAUUUGCAAGUCUUCUCUAAAUUUUCAAACCCACGGGCCUUAUAUCUGGAAUCCAAGUUAUAUGAAUUAUAUCUUCAGUUAUUGCUACACCAAGAUCAAACAGUACAAAAAAUAACCUUGGAUUGCCUAAUGACCUAUAAACACCCACAUAUCCUGCCUUACAGGGAAAACUUACAAAGGUUACUGGACGACAGAAGCUUUAAGGAAGAGAUAGUGCAUUUCAGCAUUUCAGAAGAUAAUUCUGUAGUGAAAAUGGCCCACCGGGCAGAUUUGUUUCCUAUUCUGAUGAGAAUUCUGUAUGGGCGAAUGAAGAAUAAGACAGGAAGUAAAACUCAGGGGAAGUCCGCUUCAGGUACGCGCACAGCCACUGUGCUGCGCUUCCUUGCCGGGACCCAACCCGAAGAGAUCCAGACAUUCUUAGACCUGCUGUCUGAACCUGUGAAGCACUUUAAGAAUGGGGAGUGCCACACUGCAGUCAUUCAAGCAGCAGAAGAUUUGGAUUUGUCUAGAGUUCUUCCUGUGGGUCGUCAGCAUGGCAUCUUAAAUAGCCUAGAAAUCGUAUUGAAAAACAUCAGUCAUCUGAUCAGUGCAUACCUACCAAAGAUUUUGCAGAUAUUACUGUGUAUGACAGCGACCAUUUCAUGCAUCCUUGAUCAACGAGAAAAGAUACAGCUGAGGUUUAUUAACCCACUGAAAAAUUUAAGACGUCUUGGACUCAAGAUGGUCACGGACAUCUUUUUGGAUUGGGAAUCCUAUCAGUUCAAAACAGAGGAAAUUGACGCUGUGUUUCAUGGUGCAGUUUGGCCCCAGAUCUGCAGACUUGGAUCUGAGAGUCAGUAUUCACCUACUCCUCUGUUGAAGCUCAUUAGUGUCUGGAGCAGAAAUGCAAGAUAUUUCCCUUUUCUGGCUAAACAGAAACCUGGGUGCCCCGAAUGUGAUAUCCUGACCAAUGUCUUUGCAAUUCUCUCAGCAAAGAAUCUGUCUGAUGCCACAGCCAGCAUUAUAAUGGAUGUAGUGGAUGACCUCCUGAGCCUCCCAGAUUUUGAGCCCACAGAAGCAGUGCCCAGCUUGUCAGUAGCUGGCUGUGUGUAUACUGACGUAGCGGGAAACACAGAGGAGCCUAUCACUUUGGGAGGAAGAUUAAUUCUACCUCAUGUGCCUGUAAUUCUGCAGUAUCUCAGCAAAACCACAAUCAAUGCAGAAAAGUUGAAAAAGAAAAAGAAUAGGGCACAAGUCAGUAAGGAACUUGGCAUUCUUUCAAAGAUAAGCAAGUUUAUGAAAGACAAAGAACAGAGUUCUCUGCUCAUUACCCUUCUCCUUCCAUUCCUCCACCGGGGCAGUAUUCUCCAGGAUACAGAGCUUGAUAUUCUGAUGACAGUACAGAACUUGUUACAACAUUGUCUGGACCCCACAAGCUUCCUCAGACCUCUGGCCAAACUCUUUUCAGUUAUUAAGAACAAGUUGUCAAGACAGUUGCUUUGUACAGUUUUCCAGAAUCUUUCUGAUUCUGAAAGUGGACUGAAAUAUAUUGCAGACAUUGUUAAGCUUAAUGCCUUUGAUCAAAGGCAUCUCGAUGACAUCAACUUUGACGUUCGCUUCUCAGCGUUCCAGACCAUCACCUCUUACAUAAAAGAAAUGGAGGUGGUGGAUGUUAACUACCUAAUCCCCGUGAUGCAUAAUUGUUUCUAUAACAUGGAGUUAGGAGAUAUGUCUUUAAGUGAUAAUGCCAGCAUGUGCUUGACAAGUAUCAUCAAAAAGUUAGCUGCCCUGAACGCCACAGAGAAAGAGUACAAGGAGGUCAUUCACCGAACACUGCUGGAGAAACUGAGGAAAGGGCUGAGGAGCCAGACAGAGAGUAUUCAGCAUGAUUAUACCACAAUACUUUCCUGUUUAAUUCAAACAUUUCCAAGUCAACUGGAAUUUAAGGAUUUGGUGCAGCUUACUCAUUCUCAUGACCCAGAAAUGGACUUCUUUGAGAACAUGAAGCACAUUCAGAUCCACAGACGAGCAAGAGCCUUGAAGAAACUGGCCAAGCAGCUUCUGGAAGGGCAAGUCGUGCUCUCUUCUAAAUCCCUGCAGAAUUACAUCAUGCCUUAUGCCAUGACUCCAAUUUUUGAUGAGAAAAUGCUCAAGCAUGAAAACAUAACCAUUGCUGCCACAGAGGUUAUCGGAGCUGUUUGCAGACAUCUCUCCUGGCCAGCGUAUCUCUAUUACUUGAAACAUUUCAUUCAUGUCUUACAGGCUGGCCAGAUCAAUCAGAAGUUGGGUGUCAGUUUACUAGUUAUAGUACUGGAAGCAUUCCACUUUGACUACAAAACUCUUGAAGAAAAAAUGGGAAACAUUAAGAAUGAAGAAAACACAAUUGAAAUAGCUGAGUUAUUGGAGCAUGAAGCCAUGGAAUUAGAGCACAUGGAUGAGGAAGAGAAGGAAAAUACAUGUGAGAGUUUGUCUGACAACAAGGAGGCACUGGGAGUCCCUGAUUCUGAUGGGAUAGCAACUAAGGAACAAGAAUCCAUCUCAAGGUCUGUGUCCUUCCUUCCUCGGAAUAAAGAGGAAUUGGAGAAAACAUCUAAAACCAUCCAAGGGGCCAUAACUGGAGAUAUCCUCCCCAGACUGCAUAAGUGCCUUGCAUCCACGACUAAAAGGGAAGAAGAGCAUAAGCUGGUCAAGUCCAAAGUCGUGAAUGAUGAGGAAGUAGUCCGAGUUCCCCUGGCUUUUGCCAUGGUUAAACUGAUGCGGUCCCUGCCACAAGAGGUCAUGGAGGCAAAUUUGCCCAGUGUUUUGCUGAAGGUCUGUGUCCUCCUCAAGAACAGAGCACAGGAAAUCAGAGACAUUGCACGCAGCACACUCUCCAAAAUAAUAGAAGACCUGGGUGUGCACUUCCUGCAGUAUGUCCUCAAAGAGCUACAGACCACCCUUGUCCGCGGGUAUCAGGUCCACGUGCUCACUUUCACUGUUCACAUGCUGCUGCAAGGCCUCACCAGCAAGCUGCAGGUUGGGGGUUUGGACUCUUGUCUAGAUAUAAUGAUCGAGAUUUUUAACCAUGAAUUGUUUGGUCCCGUUGCUGAAGAGAAGGAAGUGAAGCAGAUUCUCUCCAAAGUCAUGGAGGCACGAAGAAGCAAGAGUUACGAUUCCUAUGAAAUCCUCGGCAAGUUUGUAGGAAAAGAUCAGGUUACAAAACUUAUUCUUCCAUUAAAAGAGAUCCUACAGAAUACCACAAGUUUAAAACUUGCCCGGAAAGUUCAUGAAACCUUACGCCGAAUUAUAGCAGGAUUAAUUGUAAAUCCAGAAAUGACGGCAGAAUCCAUUCUAUUGCUCAGUUAUGGCUUGGUCAGUGAAAAUCUACCACUGCUAACAGAGAAAGAAAAAAAGCCAGCAGCCCCUGCACCAGACCCACGCUUGCCACCCCAGAGCUGCCUUCUGCUUCCCCCAACUCCGGUUCGAGGUGGACCAAAAGCUGUUGUGAGCAAAAAAACCAACAUGCACAUUUUUAUUGAGUCUGGACUUCGGCUGCUACAUCUGAGUCUAAAGACUUCCAAGAUCAAGUCUUCCAGUGAGCAUGUCCUAGAAAUGUUGGAUCCUUUUGUGUCUAUCCUCAUAGACUGCUUGGGUUCCAGGGAUGUGAAGGUGAUCACAGGUGCUUUGCAAUGUCUGAUUUGGGUCCUGAGGUUUCCUCUGCCUUCCACAGAACGCAAAGCAGGACAACUGACGAAACACCUCUUCCUCCUGCUGAAGAACUAUGCGAGAAUCGGGGCUGCACGGGGCCAGAACUUCCACCUGGUAGUGAAUUGUUUCAAGUGUGUGACCAUCAUUGUGAAGAAAGUCAGGUCUUACCAGAUAACUGAGAAACAACUUCAAGUUCUCCUGGGUUAUGCUGAGGAAGACAUUUAUGAUACUUCAAGACAGGCCACUGCAUUCGGGCUUCUAAAGGCUAUUUUAUCAAGAAAGUUACUGGUCCCAGAAAUCGAUGAUAUCAUGAGGAAAGUAUCCAAGUUGGCAAUUUCUGCCCAAAGUGAACCUACCAGAGUCCAGUGCAGACAGGUUUUUCUGAAAUACAUUCUUGACUAUCCCCUGGGUGAGAAAUUGAGACCAAACCUGGAGUUCAUACUGGCUCAACUGAAUUAUGAACAUGAAACUGGGAGAGAGUCCACCUUGGAAAUGAUCGCCUAUCUGUUUGACACCUUCCCUCAGGGACUGCUCCAUGAGAACUGCGGGAUGUUCUUCAUCCCACUUUGCCUAAUGAUGGUCAACGAUGACUCUGCCAUGUGCAAAAGGAUGGCAUCCAUGGCAAUCAAAUCCUUACUUGGUAAGGUCAGCCAGGAGAAGAAAGAUUGGCUCUUUGGUUUGGUGACCUCCUGGUUUGAAGCAAAGAAGAGAUUAAACAGGCAGCUUGCUGCCCUGAUUUGUGGCUUGUUUGUGGAAAGUGAAGGAGUUGAUUUUGAGAGACGACUUAAAACAGUUCUUCCUGUGAUUGAAAAGGAAAUUGAUCCUGAAAACUUUAAAGAUAUCAUAGAGGAGACAGAGGAGAAAGCUGCAGAUCGCCUGCUGUUUGGUUUUCUCAUACUGAUAAGUAAACUCAUCAAGGAAUGUAAUAUUAUUCAGUUUACCAAGCCCUCUGAGACUUUGAAUAAAAUCUGGAGUCAUGUGCACUCUCACCUGAGACAUCCACACAACUGGGUGUGGAUCACAGCAGCUCAGAUUUUUGGAUUGCUUUUUGCCUCUUGCCAGCCAGCAGAGCUCAUUCAAAAGUGGAAAGUCAAAAAAAACAAAAAGAAAUCCUCAGACCCUGUAGCAGUCAGGUUCCUAACAAGUGACCUUGACCAAAAGAUGAAGAGUAUCUCUCUAGCCUCUUGCCAUCAGUUGAAUUCCAAAUUCUUAGAUCAGUCUCUAGGAGAACAGGUUGUUAAGAAUUUACUGUUUAUAGCAAAAGUCUUAUAUUUAUUGGCACCGGAUUCUGAGAACAAACAAGCAGAGAAGAGAGACCUGGAAGAAGAGGCGUGGAGAGAUGCCACGGCCAGAGAGGUGACAGAAUGUGAGGCCACUGCAGACGCGAUGGUAGAGUCCGACAGGGAGGAAAAGGAAGAGCCCAGCAAAGCAGCCACACUGCUGUGGCUGAUCCAGAAGUUGUCCCGGAUGGCAAAACUGGAGGCUGCAUAUUCACCAAGGAACCCCUUAAAGAGAACGUGCAUCUUUAAGUUCCUUGGUGCUGUAGCAGUGGAUCUAGGAGUAGACAGGGUAAAGCCCUAUCUCCCGGUCAUCAUUGCUCCUCUGUUCCGAGAGCUCAACAGCACCUACUCAGAGCAAGAUCCUUUGCUGAAGAAUCUAUCCCAAGAAAUCAUAGAAUUACUCAAAAAGCUGGUUGGGCUUGAGAGCUUCUCGUUAGCCUUUGCCUCUGUGCAGAAACAGGCGUGUGAGAAAAGGGCACUCCGGAAGAAGAGGAAAGCCCUGGAGUUUGUAACCAAUCCUGAUAUUGCUGCCAAGAAAAAGAUGAAGAAACAUAAAAAUAAAAGUGAAGCAAAGAAGAGAAAGAUAGAGUUCCUGCGUCCAGGCUAUAAGGCCAAGAGACAGAAAACGCGCAGCCUGAAGGAUUUAGCAGUGGUGGAGUAAGGUUUCCUGUGCUUAGACCCAGAACUUCUGUCUCACCUGGCCCCAAACCUGAAUUCCUGGGCUAAAAUAAAUCCCAGCAGAUUUUAUUUGAAGUUAAACUUUGAAAGGCAGGUGUGGUGGUUCAACACCCAUAACCCUUGCACUUCGGAAGUUGAGGCAAAAAGGACUGCUUUAAUUAAGUUCAAGGCCCACCUGAACUAGUGAGACCUGGUGUCAAAAAGAAAGUUAAACUUUGGAAUAGAUUUGUAAUAUAUGGUUUAAUGUAAUCAUGCUUGUAUUUCUUAAUAAAAAUGUUUAAUAUUCU